AUGGUCUGUGGCCCCACAGAGUUCGAGCGACGGAUGGAGGACAGUAAUUCCAAUCAGUGGCGGCCAGAAAUGUUAUUCGAAGCGUGUCGGCUGAAGGUGGCAAUGUCUGGAACUGGUGAAUACAGUAAGAUACUUUUAGUUUACGAUGUUAGUGGAAAUGUUCCAACACGAAAGAUGUCCGUGUUUUGCAGGAGAUGCCGAGAUUUUAUCCAUAAAAGUCGGGUAUACGGGAGAGCGGUCGUUUUAUGUGCAUUAUGUGGAUUGUAAUCGGCGUCUGGAUGAGUGGGUCACUGAAAGACAGCUAGAUCUCUCUACUGUCACGUUACCUCAAAAGAUUCAUCGGCGGAAUAUUCAUUUUCCGGCAACUCCCCAAUUGAAUAAUUCUGAUUAUGACUUCGAUGCGAGCUCUCGGGGAUCAACUCCGGAAUGUGGAGAUGUUCGAAAAUUACAACCAUCCAGGAAAAGAGCUUACAAUUCCAUAUCAUCAGAGGUGAGGGGUGAAGAUUUUAAUGCAGUGAUUGAUGAGAAGGAAGAGUCAUCUCCUGUCCCUACUACUCCCGCUCCGGCGCCUAGAGGUAAGAACUGAAUUUUGAAUAAAUUUUGUUAUCUUCAUGAGUAACCUUACUUGUUGUAGCCGCCCCUUCGCUUCGUGGAUCGAUGUCCAUGGUCGGUCAUUCAGAAGAUGCUCAAACAAGGAUAAGGAAUGUGGAAUUAAUCCAACUAGGACUUCAUCGAAUGCAGCCAUGGUAUUUCUCUCCUUAUCCGCGAGAGCUAUGCGCAUUACCUUGUAUCUAUCUUUGUGAUUUCUGUCUGAGGCCUUUGAAGAGUGCGUUUGUCCUUGGAAGGCAUUCGGUAGGAAAAUUGAUAGUUAAACGGUUGUUGUUAUAGACGAAAUGCAACUUGACUCAUCCACCGGGCGAAGAGAUAUACAGGAAAGAUAAGAUCUCUUUCUUCGAAGUCGAUGGGAGAUGUAAUAGGGUGAUUACUUGCUUAUUUUUCUUUCCUGUUGCUCUUAUUUGAUAACGGUUAUGAUUUAGACCUAUGCAAAACAUUUAUGUCUGCUGGCCAAGCUUUUCUUGGACCACAAGACCCUGUAUUAUGAUACGGACCCCUUUCUUUUCUAUGUGAUGACCGAAUCCAAAGACACUGGAGAUCAUAUUGUUGGAUAUUUCUCGAAAGUAAGAUUUUGUCCAUGCUGAAAGAAAUGCUGGGGUUUUCAACAUUCUUCAAAUUAUAUUAUUCAUCGUGUUUGAUCUUUUUUAGGAGAAGGAAUCUGCUGACGAAUACAACGUCGCGUGUAUUUUGGUGCUGCCAGCAUAUCAGAAGAGAGGUUAUGGUCGACUUUUAAUCGAAUUCAGUUAUGAAUUGUCCAAGAUCGAGAAGAAAACGGGAAGUCCCGAGAAACCCCUCUCUGACCUCGGCCUUUUGUCGUACAGAAGUUAUUGGCAUAAUACAAUCGUAGAGACGAUUCUGAAGAGAAUCGAAGAAAAUGCUCAGAUCCCUCAAGAUAUCAUGUUGGCGGAUGAUACCACUGAGGAAAUCGACACAAAGACCACCAUCUCCAUCAUGGAUUUGUGCGAAUUGACCAGUAUUAAGAAGGAAGACAUUAUCACCACAUUACAGGUGAGUCAAACUACUUUUUUUAUUUUUUAUUUCUCUCUGUCUGUUGUGUUGAAUUAGCGUUUCUAUGAAUCUAAACUGCACUUUAACGGUUAUUAUUAGUUAGUCUUCAUGUUUACCAUGCGUCUAGCCAUCCAAACGUAAUUCCAUUUUCAGGUGAAUGAAAUGUACGCUUAUGUGCGAGGGGAGAACGUGAUCCGCCUGACCAACGAGAUGAUCGACGCCUUCAAACGGUCGGUGAAGAAGCGGAUGAUUAGGAUUGAUCCGGCCGCGAUACGUUGGAAACCCCGGAAUUGGGUGCGGCCCAAACCCUGA